AUGGACAGUAUCGUUCGCACCGUGGGAAAUCUGCUUCCCUAUCACAUGCUGUCCUAUGGGACUCUGCUGGGAACAGAAUUUUAUCAAAGCUUCGUCAAUACCAAGCUGUGCUAUAAGCACCUUCCCAUGCGAGAAUUCAUCACUCUGCAGAAACGUAUAUUCCCAGUCUACUUUAAUUGUCAACUCGGGCUCGUCAUCUUGACUGCCCUCACACGCCCCCCUUAUAGCGUCGUCUCUUUGGCAAAGAACCUGUGGGACGCAGCCCCUUUGGUGAUUAUUGUUGUCACCGGUGCCCUCAAUCGGUUUGUCUAUGGUCCCCGCACCACGAAAGCCACAUUUGUCAGGCGAGCGCUUCAAGAGAGCUCCAAUAAUGAAACCGGCACAUCCGGCUCAGACCCCUCCAAGCUGCAGCAGGCCAAUCGCGCUUUCUCUUUCAACCAUGCUAUGACAAUCCAUCUUAAUGCGAUAUCGGUGGUUGCUACCGUCUGGUAUGCUUUCUCACUGUCAUCAAGUAUCUCUUCAGGGCUGUAG